UCAAAAUGUUGCCGCAUUGUAAAAAAAAAAAAAAGAAAAAUCCAAGCUACUAAAGAGUCAUUUCUAAAUUUAAUGUUAUUUAAAUUCUCAUGUUUACUAUAAAUUAGUUUGCCUACAAUCAUGGCCUAUCGAAAUAUUUUCAAACAAUUAUUGAAUAAUUUAAGGCCCAUUCAUCCUGUUGUAAUAUAUGCAACAACAGUGUUCAUAAGUCCAGAUCCUCCGAAAAAUCCAAAUGAUGAUCAGAAACUUAUUUUUGAAACGCCAAAUGCUUCAAACUUAUCUUAUGAUUAUUUGUUCAAACAAUCAACAGUCAGUGCUGUAAAUAGUGCUUCUCAAACUCUGACUGUGACAUACACCGCUAUAGAAACUACUAGUAGGGAAUACAGAAAAUUGUUAAACCGACUCAUUUCCCUUAUGAAUGAAGCCAUAAUGCAUGAUGUAUCUGAUGCACAUUGGGAUGAGAUUCUCGAAAUCAGGUCUCAAAUACAUGAAAAGAAAAAAUUACUAACAAAAUUCAUUGCUUACAUGGAAUAUGUGCACAAAAUGUCAGAGGCUGCAUCCGAGAUAAGUUUCCUAGCAGGCAUGGAUAAUUUAUCAACAUCACUGACUCAAAGGAUAGAUGAUGCUCUUCGCAAAGUACAAAUUGAAAAACAAAGUAACUCCGAGUUGGAACAUGAGUAUGUGAGGAUACAAGAGGAAGCCAUAAAAAAUGCUAACAAAAAGAAUGACACAGAAGACGACACCGACACUCAAGAUGUACAGUUGAUAGAUUUGGAUAAUUUAGAUGAUGACUGAAUCCGUUUUAUCAGAUCCAUACUUAGAUAAUAUAAACACCAUUGACUCUAGCAUUCAAACAUCUUAUU